AACAAUUCAAGACGGUUGAAAAGUCUUACCAUCCAUUCAAUAAUCGAAGGGGAAGUUUGAAUUGCUUUGGUUUUAUCGUCUAAUAAUAAUAUACAGACCAAUCUCAGAUUCAUAUUUGGUAGAGAUAUGGCUUCUCAGUCCCAAUCUCAGCCAUCAGCGCCGUCGCCAUUGCCGCCCUCGAAGACGUCGGUUCUGGAUGCUCCACUAGGGGAACUCGGGUUCGAGUUUGAAGAGAUAACCCCCAAAAAGGUCUCCGGUCGCCUCCACGUCACCGAAAAGUGCGUCCAGCCAUUCAAGGUGCUACAUGGGGGUAUAUCAGCACUCAUCUCUGAGGCCCUGGCUAGCAUGGGAGCUCACAUGGCCUCUGGUUUCCAAAGGGUGGCCGGGAUUCACCUCAGCAUCAGCCAUUUGAAGCCCGCCCAGCUCGGCGACAAUAUCUUUGCUGAAGCCUCCCCGGCCUACGUCGGCAGAACCAUUCAGGUUUGGGAGGUGAGACUAUGGAAGAUUGAUCCUUCAAAUUCAGACAUCAAAUCCAUCGUAUCAUCAUCAAGAGUUACUCUUUUAAGCAACAUGCCUGUGCCAGAGCACGCGAAAGGCGCUGGUGAAACACUCAGGAAGUAUGCCAAAUUAUAAACUUUGUUGUACCCUAUUCAUGUUCAACUCUUCUUGUUAUUGAACCAACAGAGAAAUCAAAGACGUUUUGAUUUAGCAGUAUAAUUCAAACAACUAUGUCACACUCUAGACGAGAUUGUCAGAGUAAAACCUAGCUUUGGCAUCGACAUAGUACAAGGAAUGAGACACAUUGUGCUGAUGAAAGCAUUGACCUUGCGGUCAAUGCCAGGCUUGGCCGUCCAGCCUCCUCUGUCCUCAUCACCGGGCCAUCGGAGUAAUAUGUAUCGUCUCUACUGCCAGCAGGCCUUGAAUAUGUUGCAGAAACCGAAGAGUGAAGAUUGCUUUCCCAUCUUCUGCUUGGUUUUUUCUCUCUUGUUUUGUUAACAAGCAAGAUUGUGUAUAUGUUGUUGCAAUGGUAUGAAAAUAUCAAUGGCUUUUCUUCCAA